UUCAUCAUCACGCAUCAUGUGAAACAGAGUGGAGAAGAUGGGGUACUCAAACAACUGCAGAAAUCUAACUACCUUCUGGGACAAAUCAACGAAUCGUUGUGAGCCGUGUGAAAAAAAAGCUGGAUCUGAAGUUCAACCUAAUUGUGGACGCGACGAUGAGGAUGGGUAUCACUCGAACAGUCACAAGGAUUGCAAACCCAACACUUUUAACGACGGCAGCCAGUAUUACUGUCAAGAAUGUUCUGCGUGUCCUCCUGGCACUCUUGUGGUGAAAAACUGCACUUCAGUAUCCGACACUAUUUGUCAGGAAAUAAGAAAUGAGUCGACAACAACCGCCCUCCCUAAAUCUACAACCACCCAUGCAGCAACAUCAUUCAGCACUGCGGCAACGACUCAUGCAUACAUAACUGCCUCAUCGAGUUCGCAGCAUGCAGCUCCGUGGACUGUACCAAUAAUAGUGAUACUUCUUAUCAUCUUUCUGGUUGCUGCUCUUUGUGCUUUGAUGAUGAAAAAACGAAGAGGUGUGUGCAAAAAAGUGUUCGACAAGAGAAGGACGUCGUAUCAGAAUGAAGGAUUUUCCCCCAUCCAAGCAGAGAGAAACAGCGAAGUGCUGUGUGACAUGCUAAAUGCUGAUAUCCUGUCAGCCCCUUUGCACAAAGUUCUGGAUGAUCUCGAUGUUUUGGAGGAGUUGGUGAUUCUGCUGGACCCAGACACGCAGGGCAUAAAGAGCACGAAGCAUCUGGCGUCUCACUGCUCCUUCCCUUCCACCUGGAUCACCUACACUUACUCCAUGAAGGACACUAAAAGCCCCCUGAAAGCUGUGUUGGAGGGGGUCACCAGCAAGCAGCCUGACUGGACGGUGGGCCACCUGGCCAAGCUGCUCAGACAAAUGAAUCGCAAUGAUGCCAUCAGCGUUCUGGCAAAACUUAGGCCUACUCCAAAAAGCUUCACAUGAGUGACAUAUCCUUUUUUUCUUUCUAAUCACAGAGUCGACGACGUUUUUUUUUUAAAAAAACGGAAUAGUGCAUGGCCUCAAACACAACUUGAGUUACUUUGACAAGAACAGCUCCCACCCAUCUGCGUCAUAUAUGCUAACGCGCGGCUAAUGGGAUGUCGAAAAGUCCAGACUACAUUCUAGAGAAGUCCAUCCGCCUUUUGGCGGGGUUAAAGUUGCUGCAAGUGGACAGGAAUGCAUCAUUCCUUGGGAAGCAAGCCUGGGAAUGACACCGCCCCCCCCCCCCA